UCCGUUCCUCCUAAGCGCAAAUAGUUCUGAAUGGAGAACAAGCUUAAAUGUACCUUCAGUGCAUCCUUUUUAGUGCUGUCCUAAUAAUUUUAGGCGCUUGUGAUAUUUUAUUACAAAACUUGCCUUUAUAAGUGAUUCUUAACUCAACCAACAUGGAUAUGAUUAAUAUACGUUCCAAGUUUCAAGAGUUAAAGCUUUUAAAUGAUAAAAUUCUACCUCUUAACAGUAUAUUUAAAAAAUCAAUUCCAAAAUAUUACGAGUCGAUUUCAUUUAUGGCUUAUCCAGGUGUUAUAGGAGAUAAGGUUGAAGAACUCAUUUCAAAAUUAAAAUUACUUUGUUGGCAUACUGACGUUCAGGAUAGAAAAGUAUUUGCAAUUGUGCAAUCUUAUGGAUGCGGGAAAACAAAAACUAGUUUGAUGCUAUCCAAAGAGUUUAUCGUUUUACCUUGGCGUAUAAUACGAAGCUCAGAUUUAGUUAUAUGGUUAAAAAAAAAUCAAAAAGAAUUAUUGGAAAAACUACCUGAUAAAACUAAUAUAGUUUAUAAAGAUGUGGAGAAGUUCUCUUUUAAUUGUCUGGCAUUGUUUGCAUCUUUGUUUAGAGGACACAUUGCAUUGUUCAACGCGUGUGUUGAAAACAGAAUUCUUGAUAAAAACAACUUUAUCGAUCGUUUUUACUUUGCAUUGAUGCUGUUAAAUAGUGAAAAAUGUUUAACUGAAUGGAUCAUAAAUUGGGCUAAUCAUUUUUUUAAAAACAAUCAGCAAAAUAUAAACACCGAAGAGUUACUUUUUAGUGAUAUGAAAUUAUCAGAGAAAAACAUAGUAUUUGUAUUAGAUGAAGUACAUGAUUUAAUAGAUUUAUGCCGGGGUUAUUCUCUUCAUCGAAGUACUGCAAACAACUUAUCAGGAGAAGAAAGAAUAAAGUUUUGGUAUGAAGAACAGUCAAACAAAAUGCCACACCCUGACAAAAAGCACUGCACUGAUUUAUUUUAUCAGUUAAGGCAUAUAAUGCUAAUUAGUUUGAGUAAUCAAAAUCUUUUUGGGUUUGUUAUGUGCUCAACUGAGUAUCGUACAUGGGAACAUUUUGAAGUUGAAAAUUCUCCAUUUUCACGAGAAAAGAAUGUACUACAAUAAUUUGUUUGGGGACGACAUUAUGCUUGAGAAUUGAUAAAGUUAUUCAAGUUUAAAUAUUUCAAUUUUGCUUAAAUACAAGUAAAUUAAAAUAAUUCUUUCAUCCCCACAUAGAAAUAGAUUCUACAAGUACUUAUUUAUUAGGAGAAUAAGUUUUGUAUUUUUUUUUUUUUUUUUUUUGAUGUUUAAUAGGGUGGGUUUUUUAUUUUCUAAGUAGAGUUUUUUUAAAUUUCCCCCGUCUUUAGAUAUUUUUGAGUGCAAUCAAAACUUGAUAAGGUAAAUUUGCCGUUUCUUUUUAAUGUCCAAAGAUUUUUUGCACACAUUGAAUUUAAUUUCUUAUAUAGCUGAAAUUUUAUUAGAAAUUU